AUGGGCGUUAAAAUGUUGGGCGAUACCAUUAAUAAUAUGUUUCCAGGAUUAAAAAUCGCGAUGUGCAAAUUUUUCCUUGUGAAUGCUACUCAGAAAAAUGAUCAUUUUACCAUAUUGGAAUGA